AUGCACGAAGAGGAUGGACACGCGGAAAUGCUCAAAAAUUACGUCAGGGAAGGAAAAAAAAAAAUCUGGCACAAAAGUGAAAAAUGUAGAAACAUCCCCUACUGCGUCAACUACGACGUUCUGCUAAGAAAUAGCAAAGAGGAACAAUACAUAGACCUUAACCUGGAGGUUAACUACAACUUGGAGGAAUUAUUAGCUUACAAGGAGAAUAUAAAAAAAUGUUUUCAUGAGAAUAGUGGGUUGAGUAAAAACAAUCUGCGGGGGAAUCGGGGUUACCAUUACGACGAUGGAUAUGGACAUGGACAUGGCCACAUUUGCGCGGCGGGUGGAAUUUCCCCCUUUUGUUAUGACUCAGGGGGUGGGAAAAAAGGUGCAUGUAAUAAACCAGACAGAGCAAAAAAACAACUAUAUCGAAAUAGCGAAUAUACCGAUGAGGGUCACACAUCCGACUCAAGCAACAGCUAUUGCUCGAACGUAACGGACAGUUCUGCAGAGUAUGAAAAAACGAAUGGCAUGAAUUUUUCCCAACGUAUCACCUAUGACAGCACCAUUUUGGAGGAAAAAGUAAAUUUGUUUGACACUGUGUUAGCCCCAAAGGGAGUCAAAAAAAAUAUUAAAGGGGGAAAAAAUAAUUCUGUGUGCCCUCCAUGGGCUGCCAUAAGUGGGGACAACACAAAUAUAGACGACUCCUACGUCAGGACUGAGCUAAGUUAUGAAGACAGGGAGUGCACACAGGACGGGGGUACAUUCCCUUUCCACGGGAGGGAAAAUUCGAAAGGGCCGUUCCCCUCGAUGAACCUGCAUGGACACCCACUGACCAACUUAAAAUUUCACAAAAAAUAUUCCAACCCAGUUAGCCAAAAAGUAGAAGAAGAAAUCCUCCAAAAAUAUGAAAAAAUAAUAAAAAUCAUGAAGUACUUAAGAAGAAUAAAAAAUAAAUACCCUCAAAUAGAAGCAACAAUUUCCAUACUGUCCAAUCAUAUUAAAAAUGUCACCUUCAAUUGCGAGAAAAUGUUUAAUUCAAGACAAGAGAUGAAUGACUUUUUAAAGAAAAUUUAUAUUUACCAGAUUUACCUCCUCAAAAAAGUCGUUUUUAAAAACCCGAGGGACAGAAGGAGUGGAGAUUCCUUCAAGGGCAGCUUUGAAGCUACGUCGCUGGAGGGGGCACACCUGGGCUCGAAGGACCGCCCAAGCUUUAGAGACUAUUCGGAAAUCCCCGAAGGUAUUAAUAGGGAUGCCCACUUCAUGUUCCAACACUUGAAAGAAAACAGACCUGUAAAUUCUACAAAAGGGGUGCCACAAGAAAAUGUGGACGAUGAAGGAUGGGUUAAUUUUAGUAGCGUGAGAAAACAUAAAGGAAGAACACGUAACCAUUUAAGCAAAGAGAUACAAAGAAUGGGCGAUGCAAAGAAGGAAAAGGAAAUAGACACCAGCUUUACUGAAGAAAGCGCAGAAAAUAACAUGUACAAAAAGGGAAAGGGAAAAAAUAGGAGUAAAUAUAAAAGUAGUGGUUCAUUUAGGGGAGAGGAAGGAACAACACAGGACGAUGAUCCGUUUCUGAGUGAAGCAAACUCGACCUACUGCUUCACCAAUCUGUAUGCAGACGAUGCAGAUAAGACGUCCGCCUACUACGAUAACCUGAGGCAUACAUAUAGGGAAGCCCUGAAAAAACAUAUGCACAAAAAUGGGGAAAAUUUCAAAAGCGGAAAGAAUAAAAAACAAAGUAGAAUAAAAAAGGAGCACAUCCUAGAGAACGAUUCGUUGAACCAUAAAAAUGCCUAUCGGAGGAGCGAAAAUUUUACCAUGUCGGAUGAGGCAUAUGUACUGCCUGAAAACGAAUCCGUAAGAGAAGAGACAAACAAACAACCACAAGGCUGGGGGAAUAAACGGGAUGUUCCAUUUAACACACAAUUGGUAGAAUACGAAUCGAAAAAAGGAGACUGCGGGCAACUUUAUAAGUGUAUCCCCCAAGACAGUGCAAACAAAAAUGAAUACAGGGGGAGAAGCACCUUAAGUGACGCAUUUAAAAACGAUUAUUUAAACGUUUUAGAUGUGCAGAAAUAUGGGCCCAAAGGUGGGCCCCCAUAUGAGCCAUCCCUAAACGCGCUUAAUUUAGCAAGGAGUAAAACGCCCCCGUGGAGAAGUUCAUCGAAAGGGGAAAUGGACACAAAAAACCCUGCAGGCAAGGAGAAGAACAACCAAAAGACACUUGUUCUCUUUUAUGAUAUAAAUAAAGAGCUAAGUGCCAUCUCGAACAGGGACUCCGUCAUACACGCGCUGAAACAUGCGCUUCUAAACAAGCCCCACAACUUCAACGCCCUACAAAACUUUCUAUUCAAAAUAAACGUAGAGCUGGUGGAGUACAAAAACUUCAUCCUGCUGCUAACUCGGAACAUAAAGAAGCCACACCUGGAAGCCCUCUAUGGCUUGAACGAUUUUUCGGUGUUUGAAAAGGUAUACGGGAAGAAGGUGGCGCCCCGAUUUUUGGUCUCCAAUAAGGUUAAAAGUUUUUACAAGUAUGAUACAUUCUACAGAACAUUUAAGGAACUCACAAAUGUGCGUGAUUUCAGUGGGAUAACUGACGCAGUGGAGUUAAUUUAG